AUGGAAAACACUAUAGGAGGUUCACCAAUUUGGAGAUUUAUCUGGAAGAGUAGGAAAAUAAUUAAAGAACAUCUUACAUGGAAGAUUGGCAAUGGGAAAAAGGCUAAGUUCUGGAGAGAUUCUUGGUGUGGGGAGGAGACAUUGGUAGACAUGAUGGAAGAUCAAGAUUGGGUCAAUCAGGUGGAGGCAGAGGUAGGUAUGUUUGUGGCAGACUAUAUCAGGCAAUUUGAUUCCCAGAAGGAACCGAUUAUUUGGAAAAUGGUUGGCUUAUGGAACAGGGGUAACAGUUUGAAACUGGCAAAGAUUCUAAAAGGAAGGAAGGUUCAUAUCUUGAAUGAGGAGGACACACUUAUAUGGAAUGCAGAAAAAUCAAGUGACUACAAGGUAAAUUUGGGCUAUGAAUUGCAAAGAAGGAGACAAAAAGACAGUAAUUGGCCAGUGAUCCUAUGUUGGGACAAAAGGGUACUCCCAAAAGCGGGUGCAUUCUUAUGGAUUGCACUUCAUGGAAGGAUACUAACAAGUGAUAGGUUAAAAGCAAUUGGUAUAUCAGGGCCUAGCAGAUGUUAUCUAUGCAAGGAAGAGGAAGAAAUAGUUGAUCACCUCUUAUACGGAUGA